GUCAUGCAAAUAUGGUAAAAAAUGGACUAUGACCACUGUGCAACCAGCUGCGUCACAUGACUGAUAACAGUUGUGUGAGACAAACAGACUUUGUGCGGGAGGAGGAAGUGCUGUGUGAAGGAGUCUCUGGUGUAUUUGAAGGGACCUUUGGACAGACAGCUGUCAGUGUGCGCAGCUUCCCAUCAGGUGUGUGUCACCUCUCCACCAACUCUCCUCUUGUCGUUUCACAGGCGGAUAUUUGAGCAUUUUGCGCCACCUUGUGAGUGAACCGCUCCUCCGUCAGAGCCAACACACGUCUGUCACAAGAUGGUGUCAAUACUUCGCACUCUCCAGCAGCACACAGACGAGGUCAGCUGCUGUGCCUUCUCCUCAUCUCUGCUCGCCACCGGCUCCGGUGAUAAAACCCUCCGUGUGUACAACACAGCUGACUUCACGGAGCUCCCCUUCUCUCCUCUCUCGGGCCACGGCUACGGGGUUCACUGCUGCUGCUUCAGCUCAUGUGGCAGCUACCUGCUCAGCUGCUCCACGGACGGAGCCACCAUCGUGUGGAACUCGGAGACAGGUGAGGUGACCGCGGUGCUGCAACACCCGGCCCGCAGCCCGCUCCGAGUGUGCGCCGUGGCGCCAGACUCCUCCCUGGUGCUGGCAGGGGCCUGCGAUGGCACCGUGGCCCUCUGGGACCUCCCCUCCAAGACAUUACGCAGAUGCAGUGCAGUGAGCGAGGCCAGUGUCGUGGCCUGCUGCUUCUCUCCCUGUGGCCAGAUGUUUGUGACCGGCUGCACCGGCGGAGACCUCAAACUGUGGGAUACGGACAUCAACCUGCUGCACGCUGAGAAGGACGCCCACGACUUGGGAGUCACCUGCUGCAGCUUUGCACCGCAGAUUAAAGUUGAUGGCUGCUGUGUGGAGUUUCGACUGGCCUCCUGCGGACAGGACAGCCAGCUGCAAAUACGGAUUGUCUCCCAGCGUGAAGGAGCAGCCUAUGCCAUGAAGCUGCUUCACACUCUCACCAGUCAGUCAGCUCCAGUUCUGUCUUGUGCCUUCUCCCCUGAUGGAGAGCUGGUCGUCUCAGGUUCGGUGGAUAAAAGUGUUGCAGUAUACGAUGCGAACCUGGGAACCCUGCUGCACACGCUGAAACAUCACGACAGGUACGUGACUGCUGUUGCUCUGUCUCCCACCAUGCCAUGGAUUGCAACCGGCUCCAUGGACAGAACCGUGAACGUGUGGAGAAUGGGAGAUGGAGUCGGCACAACUGCAGCUGAAUCAAGGCAGACGUCGUGCCAAGGAAGGAAGUUGCCGGGUCACUCCAGGCUGCUGGUUGCUGAUUGGUCAGAGGAGGAUGUGCACACUUGGCUUUGUGAGGAAGGACUGCAGGAGCUCGUCAGCAUCUUUAAAGCCAACGAUAUUGACGGAGCAGAGCUCAGCCAGCUGAACAAGGAAACGGUAGCAGAGCUGGGAAUUGAGUCUGUGGGCCUCCGCGGUCGUCUCCUGAGGAAGAUCGAGGCCUUGAAGGCAGAGCAGAGCGGUUCAGAGGCCCCAGAUGAGUUUCUGUGUCCAAUCACCAGAGAGCUGAUGAAGGAUCCAGUCAUUGCUGCAGAUGGGUAUUCCUAUGAGCGAGAAUCAAUCGAGAGCUGGAUCAGGGGCAACAACAAAACCAGCCCCAUGACGAAUCUGCUCCUCCAGACCACACUCCUCACCCCCAACAGAUCUCUGAAGAUGGCAAUAACACGAUGGAAGUCAAGCCAGUAGACAGCAGCUUGGCUCAGUUUGUUUGUCAGGAUCCAACUCAACAGGUACUUUACAACAACACAGGAGCUGCUCACCUGAUAACAAGUGCUCUUAUUAUCACUGGAGGCAAUCACUAUUUAAGAGACACCCCAAAAUCAAAAUUGCCUAUUUUGAUUUUGGGAGUGCUUGAAAUAUUGGCCGUAGAGAUGUCUGCCUUCUCUCUAAUAUAAUGGAACUAGAUGGCACUCAGCUUGUGGUGCUCAAAGCGCCAAAAAAAUACAUUUGAAAAACUCAACAGUAAUGUCUCUUACAGAAAUCAUGACCUGGAUACUCAAGAUAAUCCACAGACCUUGUUGUGAGCAGUUUCAUCAAGGAGCUAUUUUCUUUCUGCCGAACUACACCCACUAAAUGUAUUGUUGCGCAGAAGGAGGUGUGCAUCUACUCAUGGAUAAGAGUCUCGUACUCAUCACAGCACCACAUGUAAGCAUUAAUGGCGUCCUUCUUGGCUGAGCUGUAACGUUAACUAGCUCAGUGGGGCUAGGUGAGCUAGCAGUUAGGUACACGCUUCCUUCUGCGCAGUUACACAGUUGACGGGUGUAGUUGAGUAUGAAGAAAAUAGAUCCUAUAUGAAACUGCUCACAACAAAGUCUGGAUUAUCCUGAGUAACCAGUCAUGAUUUCUGGAAAGAGACAUAACUGUUGAGUUUUUCAAAUGUAUUUUUUGGGCGCUUUGAGCACCACAAGCUGACUGAUAAAUAGCACUACUGGUUAGAGAAACAGAAGAGAUAAGAGAAGUUAACGGAUAUUUACCUAGAAAAUGGUCCUCUUCAGCAAAAUAUUUACAUACCUGUUAAUUUCAAGAUAUUGUAUCGUAUAUUUAAAGACGCUGUCACUUAAAGCAACACUAUGUAACUUUUGACUGUAGAAAUAUCACAUUUUUCUUCUAUUUGACUGUUCAGCACACUCACUGUAGCUCAUAUCGGCUAAUGUUGUCACACUGAAGAUAGAAACUGAUGUGUAACUUACUUACGUAUGACUGUUCUCCACUUAAGCUGCUGUUAACUUAAAUUUUUGCAUCUACUGUUAUCCCAUAAUAUUCCCUUAUGGCCACAGCGGCUGCUGUUUAAUCAACAGUUACAUAAUCUCACCUUAAUUAUUGAGUUAAAGUGAGACAAUUUAACUUUUUAAAGAAGAAAUAUUACACAAUCUAUCUCUUAAAAAUGCUAAACUUAAAUUCAUGAGAAACAGAGAAUGUAAAGUUGACAUCAGGUCAUGUUCAAUUCUAUGGACUGGGGCGGCAUCUUGUGAGGUACACGCUGUGGUCAAGCAACCCGAUUUGGACAAACUAAUCAUGUUAAACAACUUAGACGCAGGUGCACACAUGAUGUAAUUUUUGCCAAGUAGGUCGUGCUCCUGGAUCAACAUCCCACAUCAUGUUCCUGGGCCAACAUGGCAAUCAACCAAUCACAGCCCUCUGUCAGUAUGCUGCUCCUGUUCUUUCAAAAUCCCUUUGUGCUUCUCCAGAGCUAAGCUAGUUUUCGAAAUUGAAGUUGGCACAAUUAAAUAAAAUCCUCAGUAACAUUGAACAAAAACCUUAUUAGCUACUGCAUGGUUAGUGAGUUAGCUUGCUAACUAGGUAGGCUAUGCUAACAGGUAAGUUUUUAAAAGGUUAUUAAAAAAAGGAGGGAGAAUGUGUUAAUCACAGGUAUUUGCAAUUGAAAAAUAUUAUCCACACUCUUUGUUAGUGAACAAUAUUCUAGUCUAUUGGCAAGCUUGCUCAUUAGCAUAAAUAUAUAUAUAGCCUUCCUAGUUAGUAAGCUAACUUGCAAAUAUUCGAGCCUAAUAGCAAGCGUACUUGUUAGCAUAGCUGACCUACUUAGCAAGCUAACUCACUAACCCUGCAGCAGCUUUUAAGGUUUGUGUUUAAUUUUACUAACUUCAUUUUUGAAGCUUAGCUCUGAAGAAACACAAAGGAAUUUUGAAAGAAGAACAGGAGCAGCACACUGAUGUCAGAGGGCUGUGACUGGUUGAUUGCAAUGUUGGCCCAGGAGCAUGUCCUACUUGCCAAAAUCACGUCGUGUGCAGGUGCACUAUCUCCACUCACAUACCCCACAUUGUAAACUAUCUCAUUUUUGGACUGAGUGCAUAUACUUACACACAACAAACUGCGUACCUCACAAGAUGGUUCCCCCAGUCACACACACAGCCUGAUGUACUUUCACACUUUCUAUAAAACAUAGCUCUACUCUUAAUAUAAACAUUAUCACCAGUAGCAAACAGUGGCUAAUGUUAGCUAACUAGAUAAUGCUCUGUAAUCUUGAGAAUCACUGUUCUCUUCUGUUGCUUGUAUCCCACAUGUAAGACAGAAAAAUAAACACACUGUACCUCACCA